UAUUACACACACGCGGCCUGAUUGGGCUCUUGCAAGUUGCAACGGAAGUGCUUGUACCACACUUGACCUGACCUGUCUCGCAAGGACAACCCAAACCCACAAAUACAUAAAUCGGAAGCCUUCCCAACAACAGUAACAACAUCAUCAACAACAUCAUCAACAACAGCCAUCUCUUAGAAAAGAAUUUUAAAAAACUAAAUUCAAACUCAAACCUGAACCCCGAACUGAGCCAAGCCUUGCCGAGUUUUUCUUCCAUACGGCUUACUCAUGUCGGAUCGUGGGAAUAACUUUGGGCAAGGUCCACGAGGUGGUGGACGAGGAGGUGGGCGAGGAGGCGGACGAGGAGCAGGAGGAGGAGGAAGAGGUGGAGGUGGAGGUGGAGGAGGUGGUGGUGGACGUGGUGAUGGAGGCGGAUACUCACGAGGUGGUGGAGGUGGUGGUGGACGUGGUGAUGGAGGCGGAUACUCACGAGGUGGUGGAGGUGGUGUUGGGUACCGCGGCGGAGGAGGAGGAGGUGGACGAGGUGGUUACAAAGACUCUUCAAAGGAUAUUUUCAAACCUCCAGGCAAUGCCCCAGUUCCUGAGCCGAAUAAAAAUGUGAAGGCUAUAGAAGAUAAGACACUGAGUGAACCCAGCCUUGCCGGGCUCAGUCUAAAGCAAGCUUAUCCCCAACGCCCUGCCUACGGAACCGGUGGCAGUCCUGUAACUCUAUGGGCCAACUACGUCGAGCUGAACAUAAACCCCAAAUUGGUUCUUCAUUCAUACGAGAUCAUUGUCAGGCCUGAAAGAACUCAAGGAAAGAAACUUUCUCAUGUGAUCAGCCUGCUACUCGAGCACGCCGCUUUUGCCAAUAUCCGAUCGAAUGUAGUCACCGAUUUCAAAUCCAUCCUUCUCUCGCGCGAGCCGCUACCCAUGACAGAAAACGCCUAUGAGUUUCCCUAUCGCGCCGAGGGCGAAGAUGAUCCUAAAGAGGGAGCGACUGUGUAUACCGUCCAACUCAGACUCACGCAUAGUCUCUCCGUCGGCGACCUAGUAGGAUAUCUGACAGCAAAAAGCCAGGCCUACCCGGACAAGGAGGUUAUCAUCCAGGCUUUGAAUAUCUUUCUUCAUCAUUAUUCCAAGACCAAAUCCAACAUCGUUACCAUCGGUGCUAGACGGGCUUUCCCGGUACAGGCUUCCGCAGAUAAUAUGAUUGACAUAGGUAACGGCUUGGCGGCCAUCCGUGGAUUUUUCUCUAGCGUUCGGGCCGCAACUGCGAGGGUUCUCGUGAAUGUGAACGUUAGCUACGCUGCAUUCUACCAACCAGGACCGCUACUAGACUUGAUGACAGCAUGGAGGGGCAGAAACACCCAGCCGAAUCUGCGAAGGCUGGAGGCUUUCUUGAAAAAUGUAAAAGUCACACGCACACAUCUAAAGAGGAGGAAAAACAAGGCAGGAAAUGAGGUAAUUAAGAAGAGCACCAUCGUGGGCCUAGCCUCGAUGAGCGAUGGCCGACACCUAGCUCAUCCUCCUCGAGUAAGUAAACAUGGUGCCAACGCUGAUGAGGUCCAAUUCUGGCUCGAUGAACUACCGCCAAAACAGAGCACUCCUGGAAAGGGGGCCAAGGCAGGCACUCCUGGAAAGGGGGGCAAAGGAGCCAAGGGAGACAAGGGAGACAAGGGAGACAAACCUGGCGGAAGGUAUAUCACUGUUUCCAGAUUCUUCCUCGAAACGUAUAACAUAGUAUUGAAAACUCCCACUGCGCCCGUUAUGAACAUUGGCACCAGAGAUAACCCGACAUACGUCCCACCAGAAGUAUGUAUAGUCUUGCCUGGUCAGGACGCCAAAGUCAAAUUGUCUGGCGAUCAGACAGCCGCUAUGAUUAAAUUCACAGCUCGCAAGCCUGCAGAAAAUGCGAGAUCUAUCGUGAAAGAUGGCAUCGCCACUGUUGGGCUAACGCAACAAAACACAUUAAUGACCCCCUUUGGCAUCUCAUUCGUCCCCAAUCUAAUCACUGUCAACGGAAGAAUUAUUGAUAAACCCACGGUCACCUAUGGAAACUCCAACGCCGAGGUAAACUUCACCUCAGCCUCCUGGAAUAUAAUGAGAAUGAGAUUCUCAAAAUCCGGAACGGUAAAGAGGUGGGGGAUCUUGAGAUUAAACGUUGGAUAUCAACAUCUAGGACCCUUACAGGAUGAUGCCAAAUACAGGCCAGUGAUACAGUCAGUUCACAGAGUGCUGAAAGAAACCGGCAUCAAUAUAGGUGACCCUAUAUUUUCAGACAUUUGCGCCCUCAGAGAUGACGAUGACCUUAGGAUCGAGGCGACGCUUCAAAAGGCUGCCAAAAACGUCGAUCUCUUAUUCAUCAUGCUUCCCAAGGAUAACAUGCCCGUCUACGACCGCAUCAAGCACUUGUGCGAUGUUAGAUUUGGCCUCGCCACCAUCUGCUCCGUGGGCUCCAAGCUUAUGAAGCCAGCAGGCCAGGAUCAAUACAUGCGCAACCUCGCCCUCAAAUUCAACCUCAAGCUAGGAGGAGACAACCAAGUGGUCAAGAGCAAGAUAAAGUUCUUCGAGGAGGAUAAGACGAUGGUGGUCGGUAUCGACGUUACUCACCCAUCGCCAGGGUCGAGCCAAAGUGCCCCCAGCGUGGCCGGAAUGGUAGCCAACGUCGACAAGGGUAUGGGACAAUGGCCUGCCACUUUGGCAAUCCAAGCGCAAGCUCGCCAGGAAAUGGUGUCCGGCCUCAAAGAGAUGCUCAAGUCGAGACUCGACCUGUGGAAGACGAAGGGCAAACACGCCGCGUACCCCGACAACAUCCUGAUCUACCGAGACGGCGUGUCCGAAGGACAAUACGACAUAGUGCUGAACCAGGAGCUGCCGCUGCUCCGCGAAGCGUGCAAGGAGAAAUACCCCGCAACGCAGACCAAAGCCGGCCUGCCACGCCUAACGAUCGUGGUGGUGGGGAAGCGGCACCACACGCGGUUCUACCCGGCGCAGGAUAACGACGCGGACAACAAGUCGAACUGCAAGCCGGGGACGGUGGUGGACCGGGGAGUGACCGAGGCUAGGAACUGGGACUUCUUCCUGCAAGCCCACUCCGCGAUCCAGGGGUCCGCACGCCCCGCGCACUACUUCGUCGUGCUGGACGAGAUCUUCCGCUCGCGCAAGGCCAUUCCCGCGGGCAACCUGCAGGACUCGCUCGAGCAGAUUACGCAGAGCCUGUGCUACGUGUACGGGCGGGCCACGCGCGCCGUCUCCAUCUGCACGCCCGCGUACUACGCCGACAUCGUCUGCGAGCGCGCGCGGUCCUACCUCAAGAACCUGUACGACCCGAGCGCAUCGGACGCGGGAAGCGUGGCCGCCGGCGGCGGCGCGGCCGUGGUGAAUUUGGCAUCCUCGGUGCGCGUCCAUCCGAACUUGACGAAUACCAUGUUUUACAUCUAAGAUGGGAUCGAGGUGUCCCCGAGGAGAGUGGGCAAUACCUACUAGGAUGUCUAGGUACCUACUCAGUACCUAGGUAAGUCCAUGUCGAGAAAGAGAAAUGAGAAGAAAAGUAGAAGAAACAGAGGAGGAUACAAACAUGAUGGGAAAUUGAUUAUCGUUGCUUUAUGAAUCGAGACAUGCCUGGAUAUGUAGACAGAGCCGGUGUAUCUAGAUACCUACCUAGUACCCAACUAGAAAUAGGCCAUGUUCUUCAGAGACUCAUCUCUUGACACAUA